AAAAAAAUUCCAAACAUAAAGGUUGAACCCCACCUUAUUUAAGAAAAAUGUACCACAUAACAAGCCACCCAUUAGUGGUAGAAUACAUGUUUGGAAUUACGGUGAAACUCGGGAUGAAGACAAAAUCACGUUGAGCAAUCGUGAUUUUCCGGUGUGUAUCUAAACAUACAAGAAAUCUUUUCAAACUUGUAAUCAUUGUUCUUCAUAAAGGCAGCCUUGCCUUUUACUAUUAGUCCCUAAUCAUUGCACAUUACUCACAAAUGGAAGACACACUUUACUCUCCAACCCCAAUUUCCCAGCAACAUCUUCUUUCUGACCACACAGAUGAUCCAGCUCCAAUCCCCAAUCCCAAACCACACAAGAAGCUAGCUCUUCUCCCACUCAUCUUCCUCAUCUACUUUGAAGUUUCAGGUGGCCCUUAUGGUGAAGAAUCUGCAGUUGGUGCUGCAGGGCCUCUCUUUGCCAUCCUUGGCUUUGUGAUCUUCCCUUUCAUCUGGAGCAUCCCAGAGGCUCUUCUCACAGCAGAGCUAGCCACAACCUUCCCUGGCAAUGGUGGAUUUGUCAUAUGGGCUAAUGAAGCCUUUGGACCCUUUUGGGGCUCCCUCAUGGGCUUCUGGAAAUUCUUCAGUGGGGUGAUAAACCUUGCCUCAUACCCAGUUCUCUGCAUAGAUUAUCUCAAGCUUGUAAUUCCAGCUUUAUCCUCAGGUUUACCUCACUAUGUAGCCAUAUUCCUCUCCACUUCUGUGCUAUCCUUUCUCAAUUACUCUGGUUUGGUCAUAGUGGGGUAUACUGCAGUUGCUCUGGGAGUUAUUUCCCUUUUCCCUUUUGUGUUGUUGUCUUUGUUUUCCUUGCCCAAAAUUGAUCCUAGCAGAUGGGUUAGUUUAGGCCAGGAGAAAAAGGAUUGGGCACUUUACUUCAACACAAUCUUUUGGAACUUGAAUUUUUGGGACAAUGCUAGUACUUUAGCUGGUGAAGUUGAUCAACCACAGAAGACAUUCCCAAAGGCUUUACUCUCUGCUGGAUUGCUUACUUGUUUGGCUUAUAUAAUUCCUUUGUUAGCUGCAACUGGUGCUAUGCCACUUGAUCAAAAAAAUUGGGUUGGAGGGUAUUUUGCUGAUGUGGCUGGGAUCAUUGCUGGGAAUUGGUUGAAAUAUUGGAUGGAAAUUGGGGCUGUUUUGUCAAUUAUUGGACUCUAUGAAGCUCAAUUGAGCAGUGCUGCAUAUCAGCUUCUAGGUAUGGCAGAUUUAGGAUUCAUACCUAAAAUAUUUGGGGAAAGAUCAAAGUGGUUUAACACUCCUUGGAUGGCAAUUUUGGUGUCAACAGUGAUAGCAAUGGGUGUGUCUUUCUUAACUUUCACAGAGAUUAUAUCUACUGUGAAUUUCUUGUACAGUUUGGGGAUGCUUUUGGAGUUUGCUUGUUUUCUUAGGUUGAGGAGAAAAUUUCCAACAUUGAAAAGGCCAUUUGAGGUUCCAUUGGGAUUAUUUGGUCUGGUUCUAAUGUGCUUGGUUCCUUCUGUGCUUUUGGUUUAUGUGAUGAGUGUUGCUACUAAAAUUGUUUAUGUGGCUAGUGCUUUCUUAACCACUUUUGGGAUAGGGCUCUAUUUUUUUAUGAACCUUUGCAAGUCUAAGAGGUGGAUUGAAUUCAGUAAAGUAGGAGAUAAAUUGGAAGAAGAGGAGGAUAUGAUAUAGAACUAGCUCAUUCUUGAUGAAAUACUAGUUGUCAUCAUCAUUAUUUUUUACUGAACAAAAUUGUAAUGUUGGUUUUAUCUCAUUUUCUUUUGGGUUUAUGAAUCCGAUAGCCAUAUUGUAUGUAUAUUUGUUCAUGAGAAAUUGAAUGAUAGUUUACCUUGUAUUAGACAUGAUAAUAUAAUAUUUAUAAGUUUAUCUA